UAACUCAAGGAAUAGUGAGGUUUAUUUUCACAUGCCUCUCGGUUUCAGUAAUUAAACUACAUUGUUUCUAAAACAUUUUUAUUAGUUUUAAAAUGUACUCAACAGUCAACAUAGUUUUUUGUCACAUUGUCAUUAGGUUUGUUCAGCGUAAAUGCUGAAUUAACUUGCAAUCAGACUAUUAUAGAUAACAUUUUAAAAUUGGAAACUUGUCCUACAAAUAUUCUACAGAAGAUGCACAGUAUGUCUCCCAUGACAACUGCAUUGUUGCAUGAGACCAAUGUCCACGACGAUAUCAAAUGUUCAAAACUUAUUAUUACUCUUCCAGAUGACAAGAAGGCCUUCGCCAACCUCACUGUCUACUUCAAAAAUGAGCCACCAAAGCAAGCAUACUGUGGUCAGGAAGAAGUUGGAUGUGGCCAUAUAAAUGCCUUAUAUGAUGAUUUAACACUUCAAGUGUAUUUCUUGAACACGGACAAAGUGAUAUGCGUCUACCGCUGUCCAACUGCUCCUAUGAAGGGGUUUGCGGGUGCCGGUGCUUUAGUACCUAUGGCGACUCAAAACUUACCGGAGGUUUUGGCUCAAGUUCAAUCCUGUAAGGAGAGUUUGGCGGCUGUGGGUGUCAGCGGCAAUCUUGUAGAUGUGGAGAAGUGUUCUGACUGAUUAUUUUUAUUCUAUUCAUAAAGUACAUUCAUCUCAGUUUACGUAAAUAGAACGUUCAAAACUAAAUACAUUGUUAUGGGCACUA